UUUGUGCUUUUUCUAACCAGGAGAAAUUUAUGAGAUAAGAAAAAAGAUGACAUCUAGAAUAAAUACCAACUUCACUUUGAUCCCCAACCAGAAAUAUAGACGAAGUAAUCGUCGAUCCUGCUAUCUUUCCAAAGCCUUUGACUCUGAUUCUCAGCCCUUAUCAACGCUUGGAAAUUUUAAAGCCUUACCAUUGGAAAUAUUUCAGAUAAUCUUAAAAUAUUUGACAGUAAAAGAUAUCAGCAUGUUAAGCAUGGUGUCUAAAGCAGUCAGCCAGCACAUUAUUAAUUAUAUCUCAAGCUCAUCAGGAAACAAAAGACUUUUACUGCAAGACUUUCAUAAGCUUGAGCUGUCUGGAAGGAGACAAGACUCUGCUAUACUGGACCACUACAGAUCUCUAGGUCUACUAUUUAAAAGAUGCACGUUGCUGCUACCGACAAAGGAAAGGCUAAAGUACAUUCACAAGAUACUUGCGGAAGUUUCAUGUUUUAAAUUCAGUGGCUGUGCAGCUCCUAUACAGUGUCUAGGAUUACCAUGUUAUGGCAUGUUUUUACAGACCUUAACAGCAGGUUGGGAUGAACUCGAGUGCCAUCGUGUUUAUAACUUCUUAUGUGAGCUGACCAAUCUCUCCCGCAAGAUGCAGACUGUUGUCUGCAGUAAACCAGGAAGUGCCCGGAAACUGGAGUUAAGGAUCAGGCUAUUCUGUAGGAAUGUCCUACUUGAUCAUUGGACACAUCGAAGUGACUCUGCUUUUUGGUUAACUCGUAUAUUAAAACCAUGGCCUAUGGUGAAUCAGGCAAGACUACUAUAUAUCAUCUUCGGGCCAAUAUCUCCUCAGGAUGGACAGGUGGUUUGGCAGAAAAUGGUAGAAGGACCUACAGAUGAAUCCAGUCUGAAAGGUUUGGCUGAUGCCAUUAAGUUACUAUAUGACGCAGACACUAAAGAGUGGACAGCAGAUGAUGUCAUCAGUCUUGUAGAUGAACUAUCAGUGGUUCCCCGUGAGUGGCUGCUAGAGAAUAAUGCACGCCUCCUAAUCUUAAGUGGGAACAACAUAUGUUUCACUUUCAUGGCUAGCAAAGCUGUGAAUGGACGGGCCACUGAACUGGCAAGGCUGAUAGUCUUCUUGGCUUUGGUGUGUGAAAAAGAACUAUACUGCAUGGACUGGGUAGUUAAAAUGAUGCAAAAAGUCUGUAAAGUCUUUAGCACGCCAAUGGAAAGAAAUAACUUCCUGCAGAGUGUGGCAAAUGCAUUUGCAUGUAUUAUAAUGGAAAUGAUGCAGUUAGUUAUGUCUGGUGAGUACUCCUAUCGUGAUGAAGAUGACAGAAGCUUUUUGAAUUUGUUCCAUCUUGUGCAUGCACAGGCUAACUUCCAUAAAGAGGUCCUAUAUUUGACCAUGAACACUCUGUCUACCUAAAUACUCAGAAAGCCUUGUCUUUAGAGAAUACCUCACUGAACUAACAAUUAGAAGAGUACUACUUUUUCGCACCCAAAGGAUAGCAUCUACGGGACUUCUACCAUCUAAAUAACCUAUUAAUUCACAAGGCGAAUAGAAUUUUAGAAGCAACUGCUUACACUAUUAUUAAUGUAAAAAUAACAGGCCAAUUCAAGAAUGUAUUGAGGUUCUCUGGAAAACAAGCUUUUUCUUCAGAUUUUGGUAAACCUAACAGCAAACUGAACUGGAUCGUUAGCUGUCCAAGAAUCUGGGACCAGCCCAACCUGUAUGUGUGGAUUGUUGAAGCAAGAGAAAAUUCUGUUUUAUAGUUAGAGCAGACCCAAAUUCACUAAAUAGUAUGUAUCUGUUCACUUUGCUGAGAUUGUGUAGACAUAGCCUAGAGUGUUUUGUGAAGAUUUGCAAUAUGGCGUUUUGGAAUGUGUAGACUAUAAAUCACAUUCUUUGCCACCUUCUUGGCAUGUGAUUACAAAGAACAUUAUAUUUUGUUCAUGUUUGCAUGAAUAGCUCAAAAACCAAAGGAAGUAUGUGUGUGUACAUAUAUAUAUGGUGUGUGUGUGUGUGUAUCCUUUAAGAUGAAUCAUACAAAAGGUUUAUAAAUAGAAGAAGGUAUAUAUUGUCUCAAUAUAAUAAUCUUUUAUACUUUCCUGAGGAUUAGAGUAAAAUGUUGCAAAUAAGGGAAAAUAUAAAAUGAAAGAAAGCUAUUCUGCUGGCAGAACAAUCUUCACAAGUAAUUUGCUCCUCUUCCUAAAUGUUUUCUGUCUCAGAAGGUGGGACUUGUUGAAGGAACUGGAAGCAUGAAUGGUUAGAGCAGCACAGGAGAGAGAGGGACCUCUCUUCACUAAAUUAAACGGAGUCCAAGAAGCUCCAGGAUUAUUUCAACCUGGCUAGCGUCUGCCACCACUAUUUUUACUAUUAAAGUAAAACAUAACACUGCCUAAGGAGCUGGAAUAAUUCUGGAGCCCUCCUGGAUCUCCUAUUUUUCUCUCCUUGUGUUUGAUUGUUUUAUUUCUGUUGAAGACACACCCCUUCCCACUGGGCUUUUCAGAAACUGACUUUCCUUUUCCCAAGCUUUUGCUUUAACUCAUCUCUGGAGCUGAUGAAAGGAAAAAACAUUCAAAGAUAGGGAAAUUACCAACAGAAGUGGGUGUAAAUUAUGGGAAAUUCUCAAGCAUUUGGCAAGAGGGGUUCAGUAUGUUAAGAAAGUGAGAGAUUUAAUUGAACUGAGGAAGAGUGAAAAUUGUGGAGAAAAUAUAAUUUGUGGUAACAAGACUUUACUACACUUCAGUAAAAGCACUUACUUUCACUUUUGGAGGGUCAGAAAUUAACUGUCUUUCAUUGAUGAGUAGUUUGUCUGAAAAUGUCUUCGAGCAUUUCAAAGAGAGAGAGAGAGAGAAAAGAUUGUCCAACUAUAAUUCUAUUGGUAGCAGGAAUUUUUUCCCCAUAGUUUAGCAUUUGCAUUUUUAUGCAUAAGCGAAGUUCUUGCUUUUAUCUUGGUUUUAUUUUCUUGUCAAUUUAAGAAUUCACCCACAACUAAAUUAUAAAGAUUAAAAGUUGGCAGAUGCCAGGGCACAAAGUAACACCUUAAUUAAAUUUUUUUCUCUCUCCUCUUCCUUCAUUCUGUUUCCCAUUCUUCCUCUCCUUCCCCUCCUCUUCCUCCUCCUUUGUCUCUCUCUCUCUUCUUCUCUCUCUCUUUUUUCUCAUACAUGCUUUGGAAAGCUUAAUAGAUUUAUUUAUCAAAACAAGUUGAGAAUAUACUUAUUAGAUUACUUGGGGGAAAAAAGAAAAAAGUAAACAUUUUAGUAUAAAUAGGGAAUUUUUUAAUAUUUUACUGAAGAGAUGUCAAGUUUCAUUCUCUUAGAGAAAGAAAUUUGGCAUCGUGAGGCUUCCUUGAAUUAUCAUUUAAAAUUAUUCAAGUCUUCACAGCAGUUAUUUUCAGCAAAUGUACAAAAGCAGCAUGCUUUAAUUUUAAACAUUUUUAGUCUGGAUUUUGAAUCUCAUUACACACUUAAACUGACAUGAUAGCUAUUGUAAAUUUUUUUAAACUCACAUUAUUUCAUUAUUCUUAAUAAUAGUGAGAUUAUUAUCUCACCCCCCUCAGAAAUUUAAAACAUAAAAAAGUUGAUUCAUUCUUUGAGUGCAGUAGAUAAAUGAUAUAAUUUUGCUACCAAUAAAAAGUAAACCGACAAGUUCUUCAUUCUGUUAUUAAUAAAAACAUGUGAAGUCAAAUUUGCAGUUUCCUCAAUUCAGCAGUUCAGUUUUUUGCUGAGUACAUUUGUUGUCAGAAAUAAGCUGUGAUGUCAAAUUUCAAAGUGGGAGGUUACAAUAAUUUAUGAAAGCAUGUAUUAUUAUUAUUAUUACCAUUAGUAUUGAUGUUUAAGUGAUGGUAUAGACAGUCAUAUUGCCACAAAAAAUGAGCAUUUACAAAAUGAAUAGCCUAAAGACACCAGGAUGUUGUCAAUUUCUAAUUCUGGAACAGUCAUAAUAACAGAAAGAUGUAAACUACUAACAGGGCAGAUAAUUUAGCUUGUUUUUUUUUUUUAAAGUUCCUCAGUCUUCUUUGACUUCAGUUUGUAGGAUGAUUUUUACUUCUACUCGAAAGUAGGCUCAACAGCACAUCGUUAUAUUUAUCAUUAUUAUUGUUUCUUUCUACACACACACCACACCUUAAUAUUACUAAUAACGGACUAAUGAUGCUACUUUUCUUAGAAACUAAAGUUUAUAUCUUGUGAUAAAUACUCUGUACCUUAUGAAACCAUAGAACAUCUACCGUUAACACUUUGAAUGAUUCCUUCUCAUGCCCGUCUGUCCCGUUUUUAUUGUAGUCACAACACAGGCAGUAACUUAUUAUGAUUGGGAAUUAAUCAGUUCAAGCUGUUGUUUAACCAGGAUGCUGUCAAUAGCCUGAAAAAUAGGCAUCUUAUUUCACGCUUUUCCUAUCUUAUGAUAACUUAGUUCAUGCUUCUGGUUCUUCUGUUAAUAACAAAAAUUGUAUUGUGAGGAUAAUUGCUCACCUUUGGAGACUAGAGCAAUUAUGAGGUGCCCAGCAGAAAGUGCAACAGGAGGAAUUGUUUUAUGUCAAUAAAAAACAAACGUUAAUCUCUUCAUCUGAUUAUUAUUCAAGAGUCAGCCUCGUUAUGUGAAUAGUACUCAAUUAUAUGAUUACAGAUUUUUAUGUUCAUUGUGAAGGGUAAAAACAAAUCUGCUACAAAAGCCACUUUGGUUAUUGGACACCUUACUAGCAAUGUGACUUCUUUAACAAUUUCACUGGCAAGUAGCUAUGAAACCUGUAAAACAUCAAGGUAUGGACGUAUGCGCCUUGGUUUACUGAGACAUCACUAAGAUAGGAAAGAUGACCUGAAAGAUGACAGCUAUAUGGACAGUCUUCUCCAGGUCACCAGCUCAA